GUCUGCGCAGACCCGGCGGCGGCGGAGGACGGGAAGUGGGCGGGGCCGGCUAGCAGCGGCUCGCGGGGUCCGGAGUGGCGGAGUAGCAGAGUGCAGAUCGCCUGAAACCCCGGCAGAGCCCCCCCGGGAUGCUGUGGACAUGGCCUCCGGAGACCCACAGCAGAGCAGCCUGGUGGCAGAGGAGAUCCCAGGCUUCCUGGAUGCCUUCCUCAGCGACUUCCCAGCCCCACUGAGCCUAGAGAGCCCUUUGCCAUGGAAGGUCCCAGCGACAGUGCUGAGCCAGGAAGAGGUGGAGGGUGAGCUGGCCGAGCUGGCAAUGGGCUUCCUGAGCAACAGGAAUGCUCCCCCACCACUGGCUUCAUCUCUGGCCCAUGAAGCGGUUUCCCAGCUGCUGCAGACAGACCUUUCUGAAUUCAGGAAAUUGCCCAGACAGGAGGAAGAGGAGGAGGAGGAGGAGGCGGAAGAGGAGGACAACGAGGAAGAGAAGGCCCCUCUGACCUUGCUGGAUGCCAUGGGCCUGGCACAAAGUUUCUUUAACCGGCUCUGGGAAGUGUGCAGCCAGUGGCAGAAGCAGGUGCCCAUAAGUGCCUGGGUUCCUCAGCAGCAGUGGCUAGUCUCCAUCCAUGCCAUCCGGAAUACUCGCCGCAAGAUGGAGGACCGGCACGUGUGCCUUCCUGCCUUCAACCAGCUCUUCGGCCUGUCCGACCCCGUGGACCGAGCCUACUUCGCCGUGUUUGAUGGUCACGGGGGUGUGGACGCUGCAAGGUACGCUGCUGUCCAUGUGCACGCCAACCUGGCCCGCCGGCCAGAGCUGCCCACAGACCCUGCGGGAGCCCUCAGAGAAGCCUUCCGGCACACAGAUGAGAUGUUCGUCUGGAAAGCCAAGCGAGAGCGGCUGCGGAGUGGCACCACAGGUGUGUGCGCACUCAUUGCGGGGAAGACCCUGCACGUCGCCUGGCUCGGGGACUCCCAGGUCAUCCUGGUGCAGCAGGGACAGGUGGUGAAGCUGAUGGAACCGCACAGACCAGAACGACAGGACGAGAAGGAGCGCAUUGAGGCACUGGGCGGCUUUGUGUCUCACAUGGACUGCUGGAGAGUCAACGGGACCCUGGCCGUGUCCAGAGCCAUCGGGGACGUCUUUCAGAAGCCCUACGUGUCAGGAGAGGCGGACUCAGCCUCCCGAGAGCUGACAGGCUCUGAGGACUACCUGCUACUGGCCUGUGAUGGCUUCUUUGAUGUCGUCCCCCACCAGGAGAUUGUGGGCCUCGUCCAGAGUCACCUGGUCAGGCAGCAGGGCAGCGGGCUGCAGGUCGCUGAGGAGCUUGUGGCAGCAGCCCGGGAGCGGGGCUCACACGAUAACAUCACAGUCAUGGUGGUCUUCCUCAGGGAUCCCCAUGACCUACUGAAGGGCGGGGCACAGGGGGCAGGAGAUGUGCCCACUGGCCUUGAACAGCCAGGGACCAACACUCUGCAGAGAAGCUAGGAGGUGCAGGCCCCCUGCCCCCACCCCAUGACCCUCCCCUUCAGAUGCCUUAGGACCCGACAGGCGAUGGUGGGCAGGUGGGUGCCACCCUCACUGUGCUUUCCCAGGGCCCCGAGUUCCCUGUGUGCUUGCAUUGGCCCAUCCUGGUGGCUGUGGAACUACACUGGGUGGUGGGAGCUGUGCCCUGCUUGGACAGGCAUUGGGAUGGCCCAAUUCUCCGAAGGAGGCCUAGGGAAGAGACCUCACCAAAGAGAAGUUGACCCAGGAAGUGGGGUGGCUCUUGCUCGCAGCCCCAUUGGGUGGGGGUGGGACCAGAGGCCUCAGGCAGGGGCCACAGCCAGACCAAAGAUGCCGAGCAUGCUCGUGGGGCAGCAGGAUGCUACAUGAGUCCCCGGGCAGACCCAGGAGCCAUGGAUGUUUCCAAGUGCAUCCUGGAUGUCCAGUGCGGGUUUCUCAUUUGCUCCUCGCUGGCCACAGCUGGGAGGCUCAUCUCCAUGAUGCAUCUGGCCUGCUGAGCCAGCUUCCCAGAUUAGAGAGAGCGGCCCCACUGGGGAGGAAGGAGCACUGGCGAUCUGGUGUGCAGUGGAUGCUCAUGGUCCCCAGCCUGCCUGGUUCCCUCCCGUCCCGCACACACCCAGGGAGGGGAAGGUCAGAAUGACGACGCAUGUGUCUUCUGUUCGUGGUCAUUUUUUUUUCCCCAAGGCAGUCUAACUCAGAAGCAGUAUUUCAGGUUUUUGUCUUUGUUUUGUCAGUGCCAAGGUGAUCUGUUGUGUCAUGUAACUUAAGCAGAGCUUAGCAUUAUUUUAUUCUCAGAAACCUUAAGUAUUGAUUUUUUUUUUGAAAGAAAUUUCUUUUGCAGUAUUACUGAAUUUUUUUUCUUAAAUCAGGAUCGAAACAAACACUUUUCCAGGUGGUGUUAAUAAGCCAUUCAAGUGCCUUAAACAGCUUUUGGUGAGGCUAGAACGGCCAGGCCUGGGAUGGAUUGUAAUAGGCAUGUUUAAGUUUUUACAAAAGCAGGAUUUAUUUUGUUACAGUGGCAUGAUUUCGGCUAGGAUUCUUCCCGGAAGAGUUCUUUCCACCCCUUUGUGACACGAUUCACUACUGAUAGUCAGCAAAGUGGCCUGAAAGAGUAUGGGCUAUCCUGCACAGGGUAACCAUGGCCCCAGCUAGCCUCCCUCCACAUCUCGGUCCUGAUGCCAUGUCUCUGGCUGGUCCCCAGGCUGAGGGACUGAGCUCCAUGAGCAGACUCCUCAUUUGACUGGAAUGUCCUAGAAUGUCUUGUGUUGGUAAUCGAAUUGAUUUCAUUGGGAAACACACUUAUGAGGCCUUGGCAAGUCUGGAGGCAGCCUGGGGGUUUCUGGCUCUGUUAGGAGUCUUGUCCGACUGCCCCACAGCCCCCAAAACCCCUGCCCACCAUGGCAGCACCCUCUGCUACCUUGCUCUGCCCACAGCCUGACCACCUGGGGGAGAGCCCUAUGUUCCCGAGCAUGCCCGGGGCAGGUGAGGCUCAGAAGCCACGAAACUUGGGUGACUCAGGCUCCUUACAUCCAGUGAGGCAGAUACAGCACGUGUGUUGAGAUGGAAGUGGCAGGGCUGGGUGAAGAGCCGGGCAGAGGUCAAGGGCCCAGAGACUCUCUCUGUGGGAGGACCCAGGCCUACAGGUCUGGGAAGACCAGUGGGAGGCUCAUGGAGACUGUUGCUGGCAGGUGGGCAGCAGGAGGAAGUUUGGCACCAGGUCCCCCAGGCCUGAAUCCACCUGUGAGGUUCCAGGAAGGUGGAUGCAGGGAGGACCCUGAUCCCAGCUGCACUGAAGGGAACUCUGCCAAAGAGGAAGUGGGCAGUAGGAGCUGGGAGAGCAGUGGUGGCCCUCAUCAGCCCAGGGAAGGUCAGACUUCAUGAGAGCCGCCCCCCUAAGGGCAGCAGGCUGUGCAGCAGGGAGGGAGGGAGCCAGCUCAGGGCAGGUAGGGGGCUGCCCACAGGCUCAGCAUUUACCGCUACUCCCACAGAAGGGAUGAAGAAGCCAAAUGAUGUGGUCAAUGCUUGCUCAAGGGCUUAUGACAGAAAAAGUAUCUUAGAUGUGGUCCCCGCAGUUCAAAGAAGGUUUGAUGGGAGCCAAAUGACCUGGUAUUGCCCCACUUAAUCGGAAGGCCCCUCUUUGGCCCUUCCCAACAUCGGGCCCUGCCCCUUCACUACUAGCCUGGCUGCCCCUGACCUUAACAGAAGAAAAAGGGUGUGGGUUUGUUUUUCUCCUUUCUUUGCUAAUCUUAUUCUGGGAUUGCCACCAAGAGGGGGGCUUCUUCACCUUUGAAGUCUGGACUCACCAAGUGGUGGUCUGAUUCCUGCCCGGACUUGAGGCUCCACCGGGAGAUCUCUCCAGGGUCAUCCCAGUGCCCACCCCUCUCCUCUAGGAGAGGCCCUUGCCAUCUGAUGCUGCUCAACCUUGCCUUGGGGUGGAGGGAGCCCUUGUUCCUGCUGCACAGAUGCUGGCUUUGUGCAAGCACCUAGGCACAGAGGUCUCUUCCCCUCUUGACUGCGGCAGACUGAGAGCCACCGGGAGUCUUUAGCCUCUGAAAGUCCCGGCCCACCUCCUUGUCAGGCCACAGUCCCAAGGAGGCUUCUAGGCAGGAUCGCAGGUGUGGAAGCCUCAGUCCCCUUCUUAUAUCCCCAUUCUGCCACUAGCUUGUUGUAUGAGCUGAACAAGUCAUUGAGCCUCCUUAGGCCCCAGUUUCUCCUUUAUAGGACACAGGGUUGCAUUGAGUCUGUGCAGCAGAUCCUGAAAUUUUGGAGGUUCAGGGCCCAUCAGGGGCAAGCCUGGCAUGUCCUGGAGAGCUGCUUCCAGUGCUGAGGGAACCCUCCCCCUCUGCUAGCAGGAGGGUGGUUAAGUAUUAUUAGUGUCUAUUCUUAUAAUUAAGUGGGUUGGAAAGGAAUGGAGCUACAGUUGCUAGCCGUAUAUGGAACACAAAAGCUGGAGAGAAGGAGCCCUGCUUUUACAGGUAGGGCUGAUCCCAAGCUAGCAGGAGUGGGAGAGGCAGACAAACUCAGCUCCUUCCCUCUGCAGGUGUGAGGCCGAAGGGCGGGGCACAGCCAGGGUCUCCCUUGCCUUUUAGUUGAGCUUCCAGCCUGCUGAAAUUCAGAGGCAGAUGCAUGGCCUCCCUGCCCCAGCUUGUCCUCAGCAUCCAGGACUAGGUAGGAAAGGGGUGUGCUUUAUUGGGGACGGUGAUGGGGGCAGGCCCCACUGGGGAAGCACAAGCCCUCUGAGGUCCUGAGCCAGCCUUUGGCCGCAGUCCUAUCUCCCCCUACCCUCUGAAGCCAGCAUGCGGCCCUCACCCCUACCCCUACAAUGCCGGUUCUGAGUUCAGCUUGGGUGUCUGGCCACCUCAGCAGUAUUCCCAGGGCUUAGGGCACAGCUCUGGUGGUUCCUAGGCCUGGCCCAGACAAGAGCCAAAUGGAACCUUAAGGGCCUGUGCAAAAUUAGCUUGUUUUUGGUUUGAUUCUGCCUGUAGCCCAAAAGAGGUAGCCCCAGGAGGCCUGCGCUUUUUGCUGAGGCUCCACAGCUUUGCCAAAUGUGCUAAGCUUUGCCAUUCACAUGCCAUGCCAGCCUUGCCAAAGGUUUAUUUGUGCUCGUGUCAGCAGGGCUCCUGGGAGGUGUUCUCUGCAAGGGGCAUCUUGUUCCAAGAUGGGAACCACUAUUUCCCCUGUGUGCAAGGGCAAGUCCCGGGCUCUCCCCAGGUGUCACUGUGCUCAAGUGUCAAUAAACCACGAGUUUUGAAACCCUGUCA